AUGGAGUCUUUAAGCUAUGCAUUUGAGGGGAGAAGGCUGCCUUUCGCAGAUCUCUCCGAUUUUCAGCUCGACAAUCUCACGAGCAAAACCCCAUUGCAAAACCCGGAUGAACAAUCGCUUUUUGUUCAUAUGAGUAAUAGCACUCGAUUUUUAGAACAUAGUUUGCCCGAAAUGACUAGAAAGUUUUUACCUAGUGGUCACGAAAGCCUAGAAAUUGCUUACAUGGGCACGAAUGGUAGUUGUUGUAAUGAGGUGAAGACUGCUCCCGAGCCCUCCGUACCGGCUAAAAGAGCGAAAAUUACUAAUAUUCCCUUGUCGAAACCCAUUUGUCGAGUCCUCGGGUGCAACAAGGACUUGAGUUCUUCCAAGGAUUACCACAAGAGGCACAAAGUGUGUGAUGUUCACUCGAAAACGGCUAUGGUUAUUGUAAAUGGCAAACAGCAAAGGUUCUGUCAGCAAUGCAGCCGAUUUCACGCGCUAUCGGAGUUUGACGAAGGGAAGCGUAGCUGUCGUAAACGACUUGCUGGCCAUAACGAGCGCCGGAGAAAGCCUCAAUUCGAAUCUUACUUUGGUUCCUCAUACUUUCAGACAAAUGCACCAUCAAAGACUUCAUCGAUUUUCCCGAAUAUCGUUAACGACAGCUUCUAUUAUCCACAAUGUAAUAACAACAAAAAUCCUUCGACUCGUGUCCCGUUUUCCCAUUUCGAGGAAAAAGGGUCCCCAUCCAAACAGGCCCUUAAAACCACCCGAAUAUUACCGGUGCAUCAAGAGUCAUCUGUGGGUUCAACCAACUCCAGCUGUGCUCUCUCUCUUCUGUCAUCUCAAUCUCACGAUUUAUUACUUCCCAAUCCAAUGUACGAAAAGUUCACUUCCUCCAUGGUUUUUGGUCCAUCUCAAAGUGAACUGGAACAAAAUGUGAUCUCCCGAAAGAGCAAUUUGUGUUUGUCAGGUUCCAAGACUGUUGAUUUGGUCGAAUUAUCAUUAUAUCUUCAAAGAGUGGAACAGCAAAAAUAUUACGAAAAAUCGUGUCUUUCGUGA